AUGGAGAGGUCAAGCUGGUGUGGACCUAGAACCUUCACCCCAUUGACUAAUGUUCAUGAGUCAAGUUGUAUGAAUCAAACAUCACAGAAUGAUUCAUCACCUACAGAAGCUAGCACUCCAGUGUCUGUACAGAUGGGUACAAAGGCUCUGCUGUGCUGCCCUCGUAUUUCAGGAACAAAACCAAUAGUACUAAUAACGUGGAAAAUAACCCUCAGAGGCCAGCCUCCCUGCUUAAUAUCCUACAAUGUAGAAACAAAUGAGAUUGGUGAAGUCAACUGUACGGACAGGAGAAUCACCUGGGCCUUCACACCUGACCAGAGUCCUGACCUUCAGAUCAAUAAAGUGGCCCUCGGUCAUGAGGGGAAUUAUUCAUGUCAGACGGCAUCACCUGAAGGGCAUUUCCAAAAGAGACAUGACCUCCAAGUUCUAGUCCCCCCUGCAGUCUCCCUCUUUCCAGGGGAAAAGAGAGCUGCAGUUUGUGAGGCCAUUGCAGGCAAGCCUGCUGCUCAGAUCUCUUGGACCCCAGAUGGGUAUCAUGUGACUAAGAAUGAAUCACACAGCAAUGGCACUGUGACUGUGAGGAGCACAUACCAUGGGGAGCACAGCAAUGUGUCUGCUGUGUUCUGCUUUGUCUCCCAUCCGACUGGCAACCAGACUCUGUCCACAGAACUGAACAAAGGUGAUGACAAAGCAUUAAGAUCAUAUAUUCCAUACAUCGUCUCAUCUGCUAUUUUUGUUUUGAUCGUCGCAGGAUGCAUUUGCCUUUUGAAAAUCUGUGGCUUCAGAAAAUGUAAAUGGACAAGACCAGAAGCUUCUCCAGUUGUUGAGGAGGAUGAAAUGCAACCUUAUGCUAGUUACGCAGAGAAGAACAAUCCACUCUAUGACACUGUGACCAAAGUGGAGGCGUGUCCGGCAUUGCAAGGUGAAGUCAAUGGCACAGACUGGCUUGCUUUAUCAGCCACUGAAAUCUAGCACAAAGAAAAAUGAAUUAAGAGACACCAUAAUUACUGUUUUGCUUUCCUUAAAAUUUUAUAAUGGAAAGAUGACUUGGGAAUUAUCUCUUCAAAAGUUCUUAGAAAGCGCAAAUGUUCUAAUGGAUUUACAUCUGUACUCUUCUAUGAGUGGAGGUUUGGAAUUUUCGCUGCUACCAGUUAGUUCUUGGAAGAACUGAUGUAAUUAUUACAAAGAAAGCACAAGGUUAUGUACAAUAUCACAUUGUGCAAUACAGUAUGAUGAAAACUUAAUUUCUGCAAGACAUAACUACAGAAGGAACAGACAUUACUAAAGAGUUUCUCAUGAAUUCUUCCAGAAAAUUUCUCUGUAUAUGACAUGCCUAUGGCAUAUGUGCACGUUUAUAUGUUUAUUUACAUAUGUGUAUACAUGCACACAUCACCUUGUCAAGACAGCUCCUUGUCAAAACAUGCUGGAAUGCUGAACUUAUAAAAGUUAAUAAUGUGAGUCUUGGAAAUCUUUUUAUAACAGCAUAAGAAAAACUACCUCAUUCUUUUUAAUGGCUAUGUAAAAUUCCACUGUAUGAUUAUAUUAUAAUUUAAUUAAUCAUGGUCUUUGGAUGGGCCUUUAGGUUUAUUUUGUGUGUGGUAUUAAACAAUACCAAGUAGAAUGUUACUUGUGGAUAAUCUCUGCAUUUUUUGAGCACAUUGUGAGAUAAUUUUUUGAGUGUAAUUGUCUUGUCAGUAUUUUUAUUAUCAACAGAUUAGUUAAACUGUGUCAAUUUACAUUCCUUCCAAUUGUGUUUGAAUGUGUCUUUCUCCAUGUUCUUAUUCUUGUAUCUUUAAUAUUCUCACUUCCACAGUUUCUAUCCCAUUUUAAUUAACCAGUUGGGUGAUGGUGUCAGUGAGUGGGAUAACCCCAAGCC